AUGGCAGCAGCAAAAGCAGCACCGUGGAAAUGUGGAGAUUGUCGCCGCAUGGUCAAGGGCACCGUCAUGUAUUGCCCGGGAUGCGGUCAAUGGUGGGAGAAUUGCAUAGACUCCUCCUAUCCAGAGGCAACUUCAACAUCUACGCACAGGAAUCAGACCUAUACCAACGCCUCUUGGGAGGAUUGGCAAAGCUGGGGACGCAAUGCAUCACAAAGUCCUCGACGCCGCCAACAACGCCCUCAAUCCCGUCGUGGCAAGGGCAACCAAGGACGUUCAGGGAAGGGCAAGGGCAAAGGCGAGAUGAGAGGGUCUCAGAAGGGAUUUAUGGGACAGGAAGGCAUGGCGCCUCUGCCACCGCCACCCAUCCCACCUUACAUGAGUACCAUGGAUACUGCUUGGAUGCAACCGCCUCCACCCUACAACGAUGGCAAGACAUCGGUGGCUCCGGACACUGCCUCACAGGCAGAAUCCAAACUACGGCAAGUCUUGGCCACCCUCAAGAAGAACGAGACGGAACUACCUCCGGAUGUGGCACAGAUGCUCAAGGACACCUCAGUGAAAGAUGGCAAAAUGAAGAUCAAAGGGAUGCACGAAGCAGUGGAAGUCCUAGGGAAGGCACAUGCGGCGUUAGAACAUGCCUGCCACGAAAGGGCGCAGAACUUAGCCACAUGGCGCCAAUUCUUGCAUCAAUCUGUCCAGAGAUGGCAGGAAUACACAGAGCGCUUUCAACACCAAGAGCGAGUGAAUCUUGGAGCCAUUGGGCAAGCACGAGAGGAGCUCAAGCAAGCGCAACAGGUCUUCAAGGAGCUUCAAGAUCAAGGCAUCAUUGCCAUCGAUGCCGAGGACGAUCCUGCCGCCAUGGACAGCGAGAUGGUGAAAGAGGAGAGUUCCAUGAAGAUUCAAGUAGGCCUCCAACAUCUGACAAAAUCGUUGCAGGAUUUUGCGCAGCAGGCCGAUCAAGAACAUGCCGAAGAACAGGAGCAGAUGAAAAAGCGCCCACGAAAAGAGGAGGCGCUAGCGCCCCCAGCAGACGCGCCUAUGGGAGGAGCACCUGCCUCUACGUCUGCGGCGUUGCCAUCCAUGCAGCCUUUUGGCAAGGUUGGUGAAGUUCCACAGCGACCUCCUCGUCCUGUGCAUUUUGCAGAGGAAGUCCAAAUCCUUUUUGGCCCGGACACCACAUUGAAGAUGUUGGAGCUACAGUCUCAUCAUGACCACGCCGCCCACAUCUUUUGCGCUUGCGAGUUCGCUGGCACGGCAAGUUGGAGGCCUGAGCCCCUUCAACUCAAGACAGAUCCACAUCAUGACACCUUGCCUAUUGGGACUGUCGAUGACCGUGGUGAUCGACCAAGGGCACAGCGGCAUUUUUCCCGCGACAGGACCCGUCUGGCUCAUGAACAGCGACAGCUCUUGAGGGCUGCAUUGCGACAUGGAGAUCUGAUUGAAUGUGAAGAGGAAGGGCCAGUGAUCUAUCUCACUACCUGGUAUUUGCGGCCGGAGAGUCAUGUUGUUUGCUAUGAAGGGCGGAGUGUUCGUUUGACUGCUGAUGAGGAGUUUUGGACGGACGACAUUGUUGCGUCUUGGGCUGAUCAUGUGGCUCCGGAAGAACCUCUGACUUUGCGAGUUGUGCAGCCAGUUCCACCAUGCAGCGUCUUUGAAUGUGUGCAGGAGCAGCAGAUCCUCAGACAGCAGCCAGAAUUUGUCCAAGAUCUACAUGCACUAUGGGAUGAAGUGGCAUGUGCCUGGGAGGAUGAAGCACGAGCAGGGCGAGUGCUCAGCUGGUUUGUCGACCAAGCACGAGGCCCCCAGGUAUGUAAUGAGCCCAGACCUGUAGUGCUCUAUGAUGAUCCGACGAGAUGGCAAACUGAGAUCCGCAGCGUGUGGGCUGACCAUGUAAAUGUGAAUGCGCCAUUGGAGUUUCACAUUGUGACUCCCCAGCCACCUCAAAUGGAGCCCAAUAUCAUUGCGCAUAUCAUUCUGAUACAAUCACCGGCAGCUAUGAUGGCGACACCUUUAGUGACCAUCUUUGACCAGAGGCAUCGCCGGCAUCGCCUUACACGCAUGGCGGUAACUGUGCAUGAACACAUUGAGGCCCAACACAUUGUGGCUGCAUGUGGGUAUAGCCCAUGGGGUAAUGUGCCCCUCACUCCAUUCCUAUGUCAGGUUUGGCACGGCACCGAACCACUGUUGCCGGGCCGUCGCCAUCCUGGACGUGACGCUGACGGCUUCUCUCUGUACAUCACUCCGGUGCGUGCAGGAGCGGCGGGUGUUCAGAUGCUGCAAACACAUCUGACCAUGAAGAAGAGGGUUGAGGAAGAGCGCCAAACAACUGACGUGGUGGCUCAUGCGCAGUGGCCUUCCCAACCCCAACAUAUCAAUUUCCACAUGGUGCUUCAUGCUUUUGACUGGUUCGACUCGCAUCUCUUUUUGCCACAGUUUGACCUGCCUACGAUCGUGCCGCCGCAUGUUUCGACAUAUUGGACACAUCAAUGGUGGGAUCAACAAGCGGCAGGGACUCAAUUGCGUGUUUACUUUGAUGGAUCAUAUAUCCAACACCCAGAUGAAGGCUCUGCCAAAGCAGGUACAGCUAUUGCAGCUUUCCUCCUUACGGCAGAGGGCUGGGUUUUUGCAGGUGCUUUGAGCAGUGCCCUACCCCGGCAUGAAAGUUCCUAUUUGGCUGAACUGGUCGGCGGGAUCGUAGCCCACAAAUUUGUGUAUGACCUCCUCAAGAUCCACCGGGCAGCUGUGGGCUCCUGUCCUGAGGUUACAUUAUGCUAUGAGGCAUUGACUAUUGGCCACCAAGCAGCCGGAGAUUGGAGCUGUGUGUCGCACCCAGUGCUUGGGCUUUGCCUUCGAAGCAUAGUCCUCUUGAUUGAAAACUGCUUUCACAUCCAACUCCAUUACCAGCAUGUGCGUGGUCAUACCGGGGAACCUGGUAAUGAGCUCGUUGACUGCCUUGCCAAUGAAGCUCGUGCUCAUGGUGGACUUACACCCUUUGAUGAUUGGAUUGACACCAUCACAACGAGGGAGUGCACAAACAGAAUGAGUUGGGCAUGGAUUCUUUUUGCGGAGGAGUUCUCUACGAAAUGGAAAGAUGGCUGCCUUUACCUCCCUGGACCAACCUCCCAGCCUGAAGCAGCAAUUAUGCCAGUAUGUCAAUCUCCCGCCAAUGAAGCUGGACAUGAAGUUGCUACAUUGUUUGAGCUGGCACGACCAGUCAGUGGAUUUACAGCCGAUCGGCAUGCGGCGCAGCGCAUUCAUGUUGAGCCCGCUCAGCUGAAUUGGCAAGGGUUGGAAGUUCCUGCAACAUGCAGCUUUGAGUUGGACAUCCACUCGCAUUAUCAACAGCUACAAGAUGCCCUGAUUGACCAUUUGAAGCCUCAACAAGUUGAGAAUCAACGUAAACCGUUGAAGACCACCAUUUCCGAGUCAACAUGGACGCUUGUGUGCGAGAAGCGGCAAUGGCGCUCUACGCUGGCAGACCAUGCUCGUGUUCAGAAGAAGACCAUCCUUGAGAUGUAUUUUGGGCGGUGGAAGCAUCGUAAUCAUGAUGACCAUGCAGGUUUCCAUGAACUUCUUGGGCAGCAAGACCGCCUGAUCGCUCAUGCGUGGCUUCAGUUUCGGCAAUAUGGUCGGCUUGUGACGCAGGCCCUCAGAAACCGACGGGUUGGCUACAGUCCUUACAAGCUAGCCCAUUUAGAAGAACAGAGCGCUCGCCACUUCGAGCAACUGGAAAUUGGAAUACCAGCCUCAGCGGCAGGUCUGGUUGCCAAAUGUGUGCAAGACCAAGCCCGGGCUGCCCACCAGGAUUUGCCGGCUUGUGUCUCCAUUGAAAGUUUGCCAACCCUUCCAGAAGUUGAAGAUGCACUACGUGCGACCUGUGCAGACCGUGCCACUGGUUUUGACGCAGUUCCAUCGGGCGUGUAUCACCGGCACGCCGCCUUCCUUGGGCGCUACUUUUACCAGGUCGUGCUCAAAAUGUUUGUUUGGGGAACCGAACCGGUACAAGGGAAGGGAGGAUUUCUCAAGAUGAUUCCAAAAAAAUUGGGUGCCGUUGAAGCGAAGCAUUUUCGUGGCAUUCUCCUCCUGCCCACGCUUGCCAAAAGAGUCCACGCCAUAGCACGUGCUCGCUUGAUGCGACAGGCCAGUGCUCAGCGCGAUCCUGCGCAACUUGGUGGCUUUGCCGGGCAGCAAGUCUCUUUUGGCUCGCAGUCUCUACGUGCACUUACCAAUGUCUUCACUGCCAAAAGUAUGAGUUCGGCCAUUCUCUAUGUCGAUUUGGCGACAGCGUUUCAUCAUUUGGUUAGACAGCUUGUCACGGGCAUUGGGUCACCAGCGGAUUGGGAUGUUGUUCUUAUGAGUUUGGCCUCAGCUAAGUCACCAGCUGCAGCAAAAGAGGUUGGGGAUCAGCUGAUUGGAGUCAUGGAUAAGCUCCACAUUGCUCAGUUUGUAGGAGGGUUCCAAUCACAAACCUUGCCUAGCACACAUGCUCAUGCCGUGCGCCUGGAUGCUCUCCAAGCGGAAGGGCCGCCCAUGCCCAUGGACGAUGCACGUUUGCAGAUGCUAGCGGCAGUGGAGGCUGAGAUCGCCGAGCUGGAAGAGUUGAUGCAAUGCUUUGAGCGACCGGAAGGGCAUCUGGAAGCUGGUUUACAUUUGGGUGAUGUUCUGACUGCAUACACAAAGAACUGGAUCCGGCAGAAGCAGCUGCAUGGCGAGGUUGUGACCAUGGACCUCGCCGAUGGUUGGAUUCGGCUCCUUGAUGUGCAUGGACAGGACUUUGAUGAGUGGGCGGCGUUUGUUUUUCAGCAGUGGGGUGAGCACAUUCUGCCUGAUAUCAGCGCUGGUCUGCUUGAUGGUGAGAUUGAAUACCUCUUGGACGAGCAAUUUGCUGACACGGCAGAGCUCUUCCCACGCACAGAGCGGCUGAGAAGAUUGGCCCGCGCACGGGUCCGGCAUGACCAGCUCUCUGCCGAGCUUCAGCAACCAGAUCGUCCACACCGCCCUAUCCGACUUGGCACAGCCAACGGUCGUGAACGUGUCACCACAAGACAGCGGGUGCCGAGUGCUUUCCAUGAGCAAGUCCAAUGGCAUGACGCAUUGCGCACUAUGCGAUGGGACUCGAUGCCGAGCUGCCGCACCAUCCCAACAAUUUCAAGUCUUGACGCCGCAAAUGAUAAACCCUGCCUCCUUGUAGUUCACCUUUUUUCGGGCCGACGGCGCGAAGGAGACCUACAUUGGCAGUUACAAGAACUAGCUGAAGGCCUGAAGGUCAAUUUCGUGGUGCUGUCCAUGGACACUGCUGUGUCGCCUUGGUAUGGUGACCUUUGGCACUCCUCCACGGCAUGGCGACAACUGGAGCAAUGCUAUGUCCACGGACUUGUGGCAUUGACCAUGGUUGGAUCACCCUGUGAGACCUAUUCAGAAGCUAGAUUCACACCGCCCCCGCCGGGAGAAGCCGCCAAAUGGCCGAGGCCAUUGCGCUCAAUGGAUUGGUUUUAUGGUUUGCCAGACCUUACCAACCGUGAGCUCAAGCAGGUCCACACAGGCACCAACUUUUGGCUACAAGGACUUCGAGCCCUUGGUUGUCAUGUGACGCAUGGGGGUCUCUUCCUGAGUGAGCACCCAGGGAUGCCCAAAGACCCCGAGCGACCCACUACCUGGAGGGCCCCAUUGACGGAACUUUUCCGCCAGCAUCCGGACAUCCAUUUGAGCCACAUUGGGCAGUGGCAAUGGGGCGCUGAAGCGGUUAAGCCUACGGGUUUACUUGCGCACCGCCUUCCUCGUCUGCUGCAGUCCCUAUAUGCCUGCAGUCUUCCUGAUGCAGUUCGGCCGACGACUGCAGCUAUUGGUAAAGCGGCUGACGGAGAAUUCCGAACAUCCAGGCUCAAGGAGUACCCCACGGCUCUAUCACGAGCGAUUGCUGUGGCCUUUUGUGACCAACUUCGCAGUGAGAUUAGC